GCCGACGGCGUGUGUUUACGUGCAGAGUUCCCAGCUCCGCACCGGCUAGACCUGCUGCUGCUGCUGGGCCGCCCUGGGCCGCUGCUCCCCCCAGCAGUGUGAUGUGAGAUGAGGCUCGCUCGGCCACCAUGGCCAGUGUCACGCUGCGGUACUUCUGCUACGGCUGCCUCGCCACCUCAGCCACCUGGUCCGUCCUCCUCUUCCUCUACUUCUCCCUGGGGGCCGACCCCGGCCGCGGCCGGACCCCCGUGCAGCAGCGCAGCCAGCCAAUCACCAGAGAGCUGUCCGACCGCAGGGCGGGCCGUCGCCCUCCGCUGACCAAUAAGGGGCCAGAGCUGUCUCCAGAGAUGGGGAUGAUAUUCAACCAGGCGGAUCAGGAGGUGAGAGAUGCCGGCUACCAGCGGCACGCCUUCAACGUCCUCAUCUCCACCAGACUGGGCUACCACAGGGAGCUGCCCGACACCAGAGACCCCCAGUGUCGGAAGAAGUCCUAUCCUAUGAUUCUACCUGCUGCCAGCGUAGUGAUCUGUUUCUUCAACGAGGCGUUCUCUGCCCUGCUGAGGACGGUCCACAGUGUCCUGGACCGAACUCCAGCCUACCUGCUGCACGAGAUCGUCCUGGUGGACGACCACAGCGAGCUGGUGGAGCUGAAGGAAGAGCUGGAUCGCUACAUCCGAGAGGAGCUGCCGGGGAAAGUCCGGCUGGUCAGGAACCAGAGGAGGGAAGGACUCAUCAGAGGACGCAUGAUCGGGGCUUCCCACGCUACCGGGGAGGUGCUGGUGUUCCUGGACAGCCACUGUGAGGUGAACCAGGCGUGGCUGCAGCCCCUGCUGGCUCCGGUCCAGCAGGACCACCACACCGUGGUGUGUCCCGUCAUCGACAUCAUCUCUGCAGACACGCUGGCCUACUCCCCCUCCCCCAUCGUCCGGGGCGGGUUUAACUGGGGGCUGCACUUCAAGUGGGACCCGGUUCCCCCGUCAGAGCUCAACGGAGCCGAAGGGGUUUCAGGACCAAUCAGGUCCCCCACCAUGGCCGGGGGGCUGUUCGCCAUGAACAGGAAGUACUUUGAGGAGCUGGGCCAGUACGAUGCUGGGAUGGACAUCUGGGGCGGGGAGAACCUGGAGAUCUCCUUCAGGAUCUGGAUGUGCGGCGGUCAGCUGCUCAUCAUCCCCUGCUCCAGAGUGGGACACAUCUUCAGGAAGAGGAGACCCUACGGCUCGCCGGGCGGGCAGGACACCAUGGCCCACAACUCACUCCGGCUGGCCCACGUGUGGAUGGACGAGUACAAGGAGCAGUACCUGUCUCUCCGGCCAGAGCUGCGGAACCGCAGCUACGGGGACAUCAGCGAGCGCGUGGCCCUGAGGAAGCGGCUGCAGUGUCACUCGUUCCGCUGGUACCUGGACAUGGUCUACCCCGAGAUGCAGACGCUCUCCAACGGCAACAAGCAGCCCGUCUUCAUCAACAAGGGCCUGAAACGUCCCAAAGUCCUGCACCGAGGACGGCUCCGUAACCUAGCAACCGGACGCUGCCUGGUGGCUCAGGGACGGGCCAGUCAGAAGGGAAGUUCUGUUGUCCUGCGACCGUGUGACUCUCGAGACGCUGAGCAGGACUGGGCCUACGACGAGGAGGGGCAGCUGGUCCUGGCGGGUCUGCUGUGUCUGGACGUGUCCGAGGUCCGAACCUUCGACCCCCCCAGACUGAUGAAGUGCCACGGCUCCGGGGGGUCGCAGCAGUGGAGCCUGGGGAAAUCUAACCGGGUCUACCAGGUCUCCGUGGGUCAGUGUCUCGCCGUCUCCCAGCCCAUCGGACCCAAGGGCUACGUCUCCAUGGCGAUAUGCGACGCCUCGCAGGAGCAGCAGUGGCAGCUGGAGGGCUGAGGGGGGACGGACAAACGGACAGAUGCAGACAAACGUUCAUUUUUAAAGACAAUCAGGAGGACACUCCCGUUUUAGCGUUUUUAGUUGUGUCGACAGCUCAGGAAGAAUUCAACCUGCUGAUUUUUAUCGUUUUAAACGUCUAGUUUCAGCCAGCAGCUGCAGCCCUGGAGGAUCCUGGGACGUUUUUAAUCACAAAAGGAGGAUUCCAGGACGACACUGACCAGAGCUCCAGUUGUAAAACGCACCUGAAGGUGUUCCCUUUUACAGGACUGUCUUAGAAAAUUAGAAUAUUGUGAUUUUCUGUAAU